AGGGAUUGGUAGGGAGCAGGCGCUGGGUUCGCGAAGGGCGCCUGCUCCGUAGACGGUGGUCUGUAUGCACCCCACACGCAACUUUGCUUUGACUUCACACUUGGCGCUGAUCGGCGGUCACUGUGCUACGACCGGAUUGUUGAAAUCGCUGGUCGGCGGAAUGCUGGGAGUGACUGCGCACAGUAACAGAAAUGAGUAUUCGACCAGAAUCAACGGGUUCCGAUUUUGCAAAGUGUGUUGUCCGCACUCGCUUCGAAGUUCUUCACCAGUCAUCGACAAUAGGCAUGAUCUAUGCGUGCAUCAUCGACGAUGUAACACUUGAGCAUUGAUCCAGGUGCGCUGAGGCUCAAGAACGGACUGUGAGCCUACGGUACCCUGAAGCAGAUCUACCCGAAUCAAGAAGGAGGCUCCUCGAGGCUAAAUCUACGAAAGACGUUUCGAACGAUCGGAAAUAUAACGUUCCACGUGAGAAACGCUGGCUAUCCU